AUGUUUCUAAUUAUAUAUCUGAUUUGCAAACAGUUCUAAUACCAAAUAUUAUUGUAUUCACUUAAUCAAAUUUAAGAUUUUUAUGGAUAUUAUCAUAAAAAUUAGAAUCAUCUUCCACUUAAUAAUUAUACAUAAUAAUAUUUACAUAAUUCACUUUAGAUAUUGUCUCUCCUCCAUACUUUUCUCCACAAUUUUUUUACUUGUUCUUUAAUAGUAGGAUCAUUGUAUCUUAAAAUGGAUAGUACAACUGGUGUACAUAAUUUUGCUGAAUUGCCUAUUGUUAUAAAAAUGAGAAGAUAUCCCUCAUGAAAAUAUGAACAAUUGAAUCCUGCAAUAGUAAAGGAUAUUGCUUCACAUGUCCAUAUAAUACACGAACCUUUAAUAUAACGAUAGUAGUAUUUUGCAAAAGUAUCCUUGAUUUCUCUAUAUUUUUCAUCAUCAGGAAUCGCUUUAUUGAAAUACCAUAUUGUAUAUAAGGAAAUGAGAGUGUAUAAUAAAACU